UAUCCAUUUUGAUCCCUGCAAAAGAGAGGGAUCACGAAAGGGUGUCGGAGAGUCCUUUGCAAGUCCCCCUUUUCUCCACUCUCUGUGACCCUUUUUCGGUCGGCGAAGCAAGCGCACGGCAGAGGCUCGCGCAACCGCCGGAGGGAAGCUCCGAGUCGAUGGCCACUUCUCCUCCUCCUCCUUCCCCGCCCGGGGGCCGUCGGCUCAUCAACAUCUCCCGCAGCGGCCCUUUGAAUAAAGAGGAUGAUGGGUCGGAUGGAGAUGAUGGGAGGGCUAGUAAAGGAUGGAUUCCCCAAAGAAAAAAUGGUUCCGACUUUUCAUCGGCAAGUGCUGCUGCCACUGUUCGUCCGAGUCGAUGGUCACUUCUCUUUCGUUCGGUCGCCCUCUCCUUCAGCGGCCCUUGGAAUGGAGGUGAUGAGAAGGUUCGUAGGGGAUGGAUUUCGCAAGUAGCAGAUGAUUCCGACUUUGGUUGGUUUACUGCUGUUGAGGAUUCUGAGGAUUAUGUGUUGAUCACCCGUUCUGCCAACAAUUUAGAGCCAUGGCACUGUGUUUCUCCCGAGGGGAGUUUCAAACGAAAAAGCACCCCAUGGAAAAAGUGCGGGCUGUUGGGAACUGGGUCAUUCGGAGCUGUCUUUGAAGGCUUCACUGAUGAUGGUUUCUUUUUCGCUGUAAAGGAGGUUUCUUUGUUAGAUCAAGGAAGCCAAGGCAAGCAGAGCUUAUCGCAGCUUCGACAGGAAAUUGAGCUUUAUAGUCAGUUUGAACAUGAGAACAUAGUUCAAUAUCUCGGCACAGACAAGGAUAAUGAGAAGCUUUACAUAUUCCUUGAGCUCAUGCCCAAAGGUUCACUUUCAACUUUUUAUGACAAAUAUGGCUUGACAGAAUCCCAAGUCUCCGCAUACACCAGGCAAAUUCUAAAUGGUUUAAAGUAUCUUCAUGACCAGAAUGUGAUACACAGGGAUAUUAAAUGUGCUAACAUAUUGGUUGAUGCAAGUGGAUCUGUGAAACUUUCAGACUUUGGAUUGGCAAAGGCCACCAACAUGAAUGACGCUAAAUCCUUCAAAGGAACUCUUUUCUGGAUGGCACCUGAGGUCGUCAACAAUGUAAAGAACAGAAGCUAUGGGGUGGAGGCUGAUAUUUGGAGCCUUGGUUGCACUGUUUUAGAGAUGUCAACACGCAAGCGUCCAUAUUCUAACUUAAAUAUGAUGCAAGCAUUGUGGAAAAUUCGCAGGGGUGAACCUCCUCAAGUUCCCAAAUCUUUAUCAAGAGACGCUCAAGACUUCAUCUGCAGAUGCUUGCAAGUAAACCCCAAUGAUCGGCCUUCUGCAGCGCAGUUGCUAGACCAUCCCUUUGUGACGAAGCCAUCUACUUCUGGUUUUGCUUGACCUUGUUACGAAAGCAAAUUGUCAUAAGGUCUUGCCAUGCGAUCCCUCUCCGGUUCAUUGCUCUGAAGGUCUUCUUUUGGGCUAAUGGCAAGAUAUCUUCGUCAACUUUCCACAUUUCUACUGUUUACUGCAAAAUUUCAUAACAUUAACAGUCUACUCCAAACUUUUAAAUUGGAGCGGACAGUCCAUGUAUGUAUAGUGUCUAUGGUCCGUUUCCCAAUUCCCUAACAAACUUGUCAUGUCCUACAGUUUUCUCCGUAAGUUUUAAUUAUUCCACCA